UGUGAAAUUUGCCAAAAUCCUCAUAGGUUAGGGUUCGCUUCUAAUUCGCGCCGACGUAUGAACGAUCUUAUCAUGCGCCCAAUGCAGUAGAGAGGGAGAGGGAGGAGACUAACAUGGGGACGAGAGAAGUGUACGAAGAGAAAUUGAGGUCUGGUAACCUGUACCACGAGCCCACGAUAAAACCCGGCCUCGGUUCUCCUCGCUGCCCCCGUUGUCUCUCUAUCAUAGACCCUUAUUCGGUAAAUGGCGAAUGGACCAUAACUGCUGUUUUACAUGAUGCAACUGCAGUGGCUGGCUCAGGAGCUGGUGGAAUGCUUAGUGCAAUUCAUGGUUUCAAUACAGGGAUUCCAUAUGUUCAGAAACAUGUGAAGGGACCUAAGUGGCUGCAGUUGCUAAUCGGGCUUCCUCCACUCCUCUUGUUUUCUGCUGGCAGUGCCGCAUUUGGAGGUUAUGCGGUGCCGAAGUUUGCUCAGCUCUCUGUGACGUCCUACUAUGCUGCCUCGAGUGCUUCCCAUUAUGCAAUAUCGCGCGUCACUAGAUUGAUCGAAGGGCCCCACUCUCGUGGCCCACAUGAAUAAUCCAGGUGAUCAACCAUAUAGGUGCAUUGGAUUUCCGGGAGCCCAUAAUGGAUUCAGCUUCAUCCAUGGUUUAGAUUUUUGUUUCUUCCAGUUUUGUAUGUGUAAAGACUUGUAAAUGAUUGAGAAUGGUCAGAUGUCUAUAAAUAUUCAUAUCUAUUUGAUUGUAGGUUGUGAAUUAA